AUGAAGAGUCCGUCAUCCGGCUAUAGGGCAGGUAUCCAGUUGCCACUUCCACGUUGGCACGAGCAGCCAGCCGGAAGCUGGAAGCGACGAGACGAUGCUUCACUACCUUCGCUGUUUGAUUGCGCUCUGUCCUGCAGAAAUACCUUUUUCAGGGGUGUCAUUGUAAGUAUCUCAUUCUCUAGCGGUCCGAGAAUAUUGAAGGACACCCGUCCUCAUUCUACUGCACCCUCUUUAGACGUGUUUGAGUUGCGAAGUCAGUUUUGCCUAUUCUAUACGUCAAUUGAUAUAUAUCAGGCUUCCUCUUCCCCAUCUGGCUUUUUGUUACUGCAUACGCAAGACAAGCACGGAAUCUAUCAGCAGACCAGAUAUGGGAUACAUGACAUAGUUGCUUCUGCCAUUUACAUGAUGCACUGGGGAGCAUGCAUUGCGGCCCUGGCUGUAUUUGCCAGACUUUCGAGAUGUUGGCCUUACGACCCUGAUCAGGUAGGGUACAAUCUCAACGAAAAUAAAGCAGCAAACAGCCCCGUUGAAUAUUCUAGUAUAUGGCCAAAUCACACAUAUUUCCCGUCGCCUGAGAACUGGAGAUUUCCGAUUUACUCCCUUUUUCUUGACAGAUUUGUCAACGGUGACCCUGCCAAUGACGUUGUGAACGGUUCAGUUUUCGAGCGAGACGUUAAUUCUAACCAGAUGCACCAUGGUGGAGAUGCCCUGGGCCUUGUUGAUUCUCUGGACUACCUCAGCGGCAUGGGUAUCAAGGGGAUCUAUCUCGCUGGAACCAUACUAAUGAACGAGCCAUGGGGUACGGAUGGAUAUUCACCUCUCGACACAACCCUUCUUGAUCGCCAUUUUGGAGAUAUAACAAUGUGGCGAUAUGCCAUUGGCGAGCUUCAUAAGCGGGGCAUGUACAUCAUUAUGGACAAUACCCUGGCAACGCUUGGAGACCUCCUUGGAUUCGAAGGCCACUUGAACGUAACCGUACCCUUCAGACGCACGGAGCACAAGGCCGUCUGGAAAUCAAGCAGAAGGUAUGUCGAUUUUCACCUGGGGGAGAUAUACAACGAAACGUGUGACUACCCUGUCUUUUGGAACGAGCAAGGCUACCAAGUUGCUCCCGAGGAGACCCAAAUGAAAGGUUGCUAUGAUAGCGAAUUUGAUCAAUACGGUGAUACAGAAGCUUUUGGCGUAUAUCCGGACUGGCAACGACAGUUAACGAAGUUUGCAUCUGUUCAGGAUCGAUUACGUGAAUGGGUGCCCUCGGUUCGAGAGAAGAUAAUUCGGCAUUCUUGUUUAAUGAUUGAACAGCUUGAUAUCGAUGGGUUUAGGUAUGAUAAAGCUACUCAAGCCACAAUUGACGCUCUGGCGGAUAUUAGCGAAGCGUACCGGUCUUGUGCUAGAAAACUCGGGAAAAACAAUUUCUUCCUUCCUGGAGAAAUUACAAGUGGCAACACGUUUGGCGCAAUAUAUAUCGGUCGUGGGCGACAGCCUGACAUGCUACCUUCGAAUUUAAAAGAUGCUCUUCUUCUGACCCAUGCAAACGACACAUAUUUCAUUAGAAAACGGGGCAAGUCUGCCUUGGAUUCUGGCGCUUUCCACUAUUCAGUCUAUCGAAGUUUGACUAGGUUCCUUGGGAUAGACGGUAAAUUAGCCGCCGGGCACGAUAUACCAGGUGACUGGGUGGAGGGAUGGUACCGUAUGCUCAUUACAAACGACUUUAUCAAUGCCAAUACUGGAAAGUUUGAUCCGCGCCACAUGUUUGGUGCAGAAAAUCAGGACGUUUUUCGUUGGCCUGCAGUUCGGGAAGGGGUUGAGAGGUCACUACUCGCCGCGUAUAUUGUUACACUACAUCUUCCUGGCAUACCACUGGUUCUCUGGGGGGAGGAACAGGCGUUCUAUGUUCUCGAUAAUACAGCCCAGAACUACAUAUUUGGUCGGCAGUCUAUGUCUUCUUCACCGGCCUGGCAAACCCAUGGAUGCUAUGGCGUUGGCUCAUCGCAGUAUCAUCAAUGGCCUCUUGGAUCUGCUGCCCAUGGCUGUCACGACGAUACUGUUGGUUAUGACCACAGAGACCCAUCUCAUCCAGUGCGAAAUAUUCUCAAAACAAUGUACCAAAUGCGAGAAAAUUAUCCUAUACUUAAUGAUGGCUACUUUUUGCAGCAUCUAUCUAAGUCAACCCAUGACGUAUUUCUUCCAGGCUCUGCUGGUGUUCCAACCGAGACUGGGAUGUGGUCCGUUUUGCGCAAUCGUUUCGAGGCCACGCAAGAUUUUGGAACCAAAAAUAUACCAGUGUGGCUUGUUUACCAGAACGAUAAUCGAACAGUUGAGUAUACUUUUAACUGCACCAACAAAGAAACCGCACUCAUUUCCGCCUUUGAUGCGGGUACCGUUGUGAAAAACCUAUUCUACCCCUUUGAUGAACAUACGCUGGAAGCUGGCCCAGUGAAGCUCGGAAUUGAAGGAUCUUCAGCUUUUAACGGGUGUCUAGGCUCUCUCCAAAUGAAACCAUGGGAUUUUCGAGCCUAUGUGCCCAAAUCAAGCCACAUCUUUCCGAGACCUAUGCUCACAAGUUCCUCACCUCGUCAUGAUGCUCGGAUAAAGUCCAUAGUUGGCCCCGAAGAGGAUGAAGUACUGUUUGUGAGCCUCCAGUUUUCAGAGGAAAUGGAUUGCAAUAGUGUCACUCGUGGUAUAUCUAUUGUAUCAAGAACAAACAGUGGGAAAACACCAAAAAUUGACGCUGGAAGCGUACAGUGUAGUUCUAUCCAACCGACUAUGACAAAAUAUUGCGGAGAAUUACCUGGAACUUGGAAAUGGUCUGCAAAGCUAAAUGGAGUCUACAAUGGUAUUCAUCGACUCAGUAUUCACAAUGCAACGGCUAAAGAUGGGAGUCGAAACACGAAUGUUUUAGAUCAACUCCUCUUUCGGGUUGGACAGCCGGAGAACCCAAUGGUAUUUACGCGUGCUGCAAACUAUUCUCGCACUUUAUUUCACCGCCAUCAAAAUAACGACUUAUAUGUAAGUCAUCACGCUGCUGGCGCUGAUUCUUUUCGGUAUUCUACAAAUUGGGGGUCUAGCUGGUCGCAAUGGAUUCCUUAUACAGGCGGCAAUGAUACAAUCGAACCACUGCAGUGGACUGGCACUAAAGCCCAAGAAUGGGAAGGAGAACACAUCAUUGUUGAGUAUUGGAGCCGGUUGGCAGGAAGUAGUUCCCAUGUUCAACAUGGUGAUAUUGGUUGGAGCAUAAAACGUCCUCCUCGACGCUUUCCACACAUGUUUUGGAACGGGCCUUAUAACCAAUUUGGCUAUGAUGCUGGGCUGGAAAAUGUCGUGGAGCUCAAAGAUAACGGAAAAUGGACUAUACGAUUCAUGACUGAAUGGCCUGCAAUAGCCCAUGUGAAUGUUUGGGGGGUAAACCCCGAUGGGAAAAUAGAUAAGAGUUUCGUGUUUGGGGAUUCGAAUGCUGACUCUGUUCUGGAUCGUUCGUCUCCUUCGUCCUUGAAGCUCCCGGUGGUUAAUAUCACAGAACGUCCUCCAUCCCCGUACUUAUGUUGGGAAUUUACCUUGGACGAUGGUACUCUUCGUUUCCAAUUACUCCCGGUUGGAUCAAUGUAUCCGCAGAUGGCUCUAUUUUUUCUUCUGCUAUUUAUGCCCUUGGUGUUAGGCUUUACUGCCGUUUUUGCGUUCAAGUGGUCUUACUGCUAUGUCACUACUAACACCACUGGGGUUAGCGAUAUCAACAGCAAGUCAUCCAUCAUGGCCUUAAUCUCUACGCUUGGGAUCAAAAGGAUAGUCAAGGAAAUUAAGGGUAUCCCGAAUUUGGCGACAAAGUUGGGGGUAAAUUUGACUUUUUUUCCAUCUCAUGGCGUGCCCGAUCCCAAAUUCAAUGAUCGACGAAAAGUUCUUAUCGCUACAAUGGAGUAUGAUAUUGAGGACUGGAAUAUCAAAAUAAAAAUCGGAGGGCUUGGGGUGAUUGCCAAUCUUAUGGGGAGACACCUGAAGCACCUUGACCUAAUAUGGGUCGCUCCUUGUGUUUCCGGCGUGGAUUAUCCAGUCCAUCAACAGGCAACGCCUAUCACGAUUAAGCUUCUUGAAAAGGAUUGCAACGUCAAGGUCCAGUAUCAUACCCUUGGGAAUAUUACGUACGUUCUUUUUGAUGCCCCUAUUUUUCGACAGCAAUCGAAGAGUCAACCGUAUCCCCCACGAAUGGACGAUCUUGAUAGCGCUAUAUAUUACUCCGCCUGGAAUCAAUGCAUCGCCCAUGUGAUAAAGAGAUUCGACAUUGAUAUAUACCAUAUAAAUGACUAUCAUGGUGCCCUUGCUCCAUUAUAUCUACUUCCGAACACCAUUCCUGUGUGCUUAUCACUUCAUAAUGCUGGAUUUCAAGGCCACUGGGCGAUUCGAAGUAAGCACGACAUGGAAGAAUUGUGCGGGGUGUUUAACUUGUCGGAGCAAAUCGCUCGAACAUACAUUCAGUUUGGAGAAGUUUUCAAUUUGUUACAUGCCGCAGCUAGCUACCUUCGGAUUCAUCAGAAUGGCUUUGGUGCGGUUGGUGUUUCUGAUAAAUACGCGAAACGAACCUAUAAAAGAUACCCUAUAUUCUGGGGCCUGAGUAAGAUUGGAGGUCUCCCUAACCCCGAUCCUCAAGAUAUAGAGGACGCUGAAGCAUCGGAUCUUGAUAUUUCUACAAUCAGUGUGGAUCCCAACUUUGAGGCUUGUAGGGCCAAAGAAAAACUGGAGUGUCAAAGGUGGGCGGGCCUUGAUCAGGACUCCAAUGCUGAAUUGUUUGUUUUCGUUGGCCGAUGGUCUACACAGAAAGGAAUUGACUUAAUUGCGGAUACCUUUACGGGACUACUGGAAAAGCGGAAAAACGUUCAACUUAUCUGUGUUGGUCCGAUAAUUGAUCUUUAUGGACGUCUUGCUGCCCUGAAACUUCAUAAGCUGAUGGAAAUGUAUCCGAACCGGGUGUAUUCCCGACCAAAAUUCACACAGAUUCCGAGCUGCGUCCAAUCUGGGGCCGAUUUUGCAGUCAUUCCUUCUAGAGACGAGCCAUUUGGUCUGGUUGCAGUAGAGUUUGGUCGGAAAGGCGUCUUGGGAGUGGGUGCCAAAGUCGGCGGCCUUGGUCAAAUGCCAGGAUGGUGGUAUUCUGUCCAGUCAACAUCCACCCGCCACUUACUAUAUCAAUUCAGGCGGUCGAUUGAAAUGGCAUUGGCCACUAGUCCCGGAGUGCGUGCUCAAAUGCGUUCUGUGGCAACCAAGCAGAGAUUUCCAGUUUCUCAAUGGGUUCAAGGACUGGAAAUCUUACAGAGGGAAACUAUCCGAAUUCAUAAGGAGAAUACCUCUUCGCCUCGUCUUGAAGCUCCUAAGAAAGAGGUACUCCUAGGAGACCAAAUUAGUAGGAGGAGUUGUGAGGCAUUACUAGAUGCUCAACGCAGCGAUGGGUUUUUCAUUGCGCCGGUUGAAAAUUCUGGCCUACCAAUUCAUUGUCUUCCACUAUCUUGGGACUCACUGGUGGGAAAGAAGAAGGACUUUCACCUACAACAAGUAGACCCUUGUUUCAACGAUGAAACAGGAGAGUUUACAGAAAGAUUCGUAAGGAGGCUUACGAACUUAAAUGGCCGCACCUCCUACACUUCACUCUGCAUUGAGGACUUCUUAAUUGAAUGCAAAAAGGAGUGGUUUGGUCGCAUUAGGGAAGCUCAACUAGAGGGUAACCAGUGCGCUACUAUGCCAAAGGGAAGAGAAACACCUGGGCCUAGCACGUCUUCAGUAUACUCUUUGGACGAGACUCUGAGGCCCGAGAUGCCCGAAGACCAGGAGAAGGGCCAUUCGUUUGUUGACAGACCACUGUCUAAUCAAUGGUUUAAACGAUUGAUGAUGAUGCGAUGUGGAGAUUGGCCUCUUUAUUCAUUUGUGCUUGCCUUUGGCCAGGUAAUCGCCGCAAAUUCCUAUCAAAUCACCUUGAUAACCGGUGAAAUUGGCCAAUCUGGAGAAAAGCUGUACGCUGUUGCAACGGUGUACCUUUUUGGUUCCCUUGCGUGGUGGCUGACAUUCCGCCUUUACAAGUCCGUUAUUUCACUUUCCGUUCCUUUUUUCUUUUACGGAAUGUCCUUUCUGUUCAUUGGAGCAGCUCAACUCGUUCAUACCGAGAUAACAGCUCGGUGGCUCCAGAAUGUUGGAGCUGGAUGUUAUACCUUUGCUGCUGCUAGUGGAUCUGUGUUUUUCGCUCUGAAUUUCGGAGACGAAGGAGACGCUUCAGUGAAGGAUUGGGUAUUUCGCUCCUGUACAAUUCAGGGCACACAACAGCUGUUUAUUGUUUUUCUUUGGUACUGGGGCAGCAUUAUGUUAAAGGGUAUUUCUAAAGGGCAGAAUGAUGGGAUCCUUGGAUCAUGGCAAAUUCAUUCUGUCUCGUUCCCGUUCGCCGGAUUCUUUUGGCUGAUCGGCCUUAUAAUCUACCAGGGGGUGCCGGACUGUUAUCGCCGACCUCGGUCUAAAGUGCCUUCAUUUUAUAUGUCAAUUUUACGCCGCAACAUAGUUUUAUCUUUCCUUUUGUCUAUUUUCCUCCAGAACUUCUUCCUCAGUGCACCAUACGGUCGUAAUUGGAGCUUCCUUUGGAGUUCAAAACACGCGGAGUCGUGGCAAAUAUUGUUGCUUGUCCUUCUCUUUUUUAUUUUUAUUUGGGGUUAUAUGCUCACUAUAUUGAAAAGAAUGUCCCAAUUUCAUACUUGGGUAUUACCCGUGUUCUCAAUGGGUCUUGGAUCUCCGAGAUGGGCCCAGAUAUGGUGGGGAACGAGUGGCAUAGGACAAUUUCUGCCCUGGGCAGGGAGCUACACAUCAGGAGCUCUUAUAUCUCGAUGCCUGUGGCUUUGGCUCGGUGUCUUGGAUUCGGCGCAAGGUGUUGGUUUGGGAACAGUUCUCCUCCACACACUGACCCGUGUCCACGUUUGUUUCACCCUCCUGGCUGCACAAGUCAUUGGGUCCAUCGCUACUAUCUGUGGCCGUGCACUUGGGCCGAAUAACACAGGCCCUGGAACUGUGCACCCCAAUAUCUCUGGAGGGGUGAAGGUGCUGGCGACUCCAUGGUUCUGGGUGGCACUAUUCGCACAGUGCAUGAUUCCUUUGCUUUUCUUUGUGUUCUUUCGACGAGAGCAGUUGAGCAAGCCUUGA